AAGGAGUGUGGGGCAGCGCUGAACGCAGCGACUCCUGUAAACUAUUCAAAGCAGCUGCGCGCCUUGCACACCAUUCAAUGGAAACUGCACUCUUAAGAAUAGAUCAACUUCCAAAGACUAUUCGCUGAAACAAAAGACAACAAGAACGAUACUGAAUGAGGUAAAUAACAGCUCAUAGAUUGGAUUGCUGCCGUUAUUUGCUUUCACAGCGAUUUCAUUCAUAAUGUUUGCCAAGCAUGCCGUCGUUUCAAUGCCUCUUUACUCUUAAUGUUGGCGUGAAACCGUAUAACCUAUAUCGCGUUUCUUUUUUGCGUAGGACUUUUUUGCGUAGGAGGUGCUAUUCCAGAGGAGAAUGAUUUAACCGGGGUCUGCAGUACCGUUUAUUAGGAGGAUUUGUGCUGAACACGAUACACACAGAUGUGCAAUUUUAGUUUGCGCUGAACGGACUUUGAAACCGUAUCGCACCCUUGUGUAAAAUCCAGCAAUGACCAGCUACCAGCUGUUUGAAAGCAUAGCUUGAGCUGGUCAAAUCAUGUUGAGUGUGGAGCUGGUCUGAGCUGGUCAACCAUCUACCAGCUGUUUCAAAGCCUAGCUUUUUUGUUGUUGUUGUUGUUGUUUCCAGCAGGACACUGUAUUUAGGAAAGGUUUUUGUUGCACGUGGAUUUCUUUCAUUUUUGCUUAAGCGCUUGCGCAUGACGUAAACGUGCGAUUUAAGGACUAGCAUGGAAGCCGUUCGUCUGAAGAUCCUGGUGUCGCUGUGGUGCCAGCUGGUGGGUGCCAGCUCCAGCUUCGAAACGGGAGUGUACGGAGACCCUGAGCGCCGCAUGCAGGCGCAGUGUGAGCCCGUCGUCAUUCCCAUGUGCCAGGGCAUCGGUUACAACAUGACCCGCAUGCCUAACCUCCUGCGGCACGAGAACCAGAACGAGGCAGCCAUCAAGCUGAAUGAGUUCGCCCCGCUGGUGGAGUACGGCUGCGACGUGCACCUGCGCUUCUUCCUGUGCUCGCUGUACGCGCCCAUGUGCACCGACAAGGUGUCCAGCUCCAUCCCUGCCUGCCGGCCCAUGUGCGAGCAAGCCCGGCACAGGUGCUCGCCCAUUAUGGAGAAGUUCAGCUUCGGCUGGCCCGACUCGCUCGACUGCUCCCGGCUGCCCACCAAGAACGACCCCAACGCCCUGUGCAUGGAGGCCCCCGAGAACGACACCAAGCCCGAGGCCAAGAAGGGGGAGGGCAUGCUGCCCGUGCCCCCCCGGCCCAGACCCCCCGGAGCGGGGGGCGGGCGCUCAGCCGGGGGCCUGGGGGGGGCAUGUGAGAACCCAGAGAAGUUCCAGUUUGUGGAGAAGAGUGGCUCCUGUGCCCCACGGUGCUCCCCGGUCGUCGACGUCCUCUGGUCGCGGCGGGACAAGGACUUCGCCUUCGUCUGGAUGACUGCGUGGUCGGCCCUCUGCUUCGUCUCCACCGCCUUCACUGUGCUCACCUUCCUCCUGGACCCGCAGCGCUUCCAGUACCCUGAGAGGCCUAUCGUCUUCCUCGCCAUGUGCUACAACGUCUACUCCGUGGCAUUUGUCAUCCGCGCGGUGGCGGGCGCGGAGAACAUCGCAUGCGACCGUGAGAACGGCCAGCUCUACAUCAUCCAGGAGGGCCUGGAGAGCACGGGCUGCACCAUGGUCUUCCUCAUCCUCUACUACUUCGGCAUGGCCAGCUCGCUCUGGUGGGUGGUCCUCACGCUCACCUGGUUCCUGGCGGCCGGCAGGAAGUGGGGUCACGAGGCCAUCGAGGCCCACAGCAGCUACUUCCACAUGGCGGCGUGGGGGAUCCCCGCCAUGAAGACCAUCGUCAUCCUCACCAUGAGGAAGGUGGCGGGGGACGAGCUGACAGGGCUGUGCUACGUGGGCAGCAUGGACGUGGGGGCCCUGACCGGCUUCGUCCUGGUGCCCCUCUCCUGCUACCUGGUCCUGGGCACCUCCUUCACCCUGACGGGGUUCGUGGCCCUCUUCCACAUCCGGCGGGUGAUGCAGACGGAGGGCACCAACACGGAGAAGCUGGAGAAGCUGAUGGUGAAGAUCGGGCUCUACUCCAUCCUCUACACCGUGCCGGCCACCUGCGUGAUCAUCUGCUACUUCUACGAGCGGCUGAACGUGGAGUACUGGCGGUUCCGCGGGACAGAGCAGGUGUGCGCCUCCGUGGCAGGCCGCAGGAGCGACGGCUGCUCCAUGGAGGCCUCGCUUCCCGCCGUGGAGGUGUUCAUGCUGAAGAUCUUCAUGUCCCUGGUGGUGGGGAUCACCAGCGGGGUCUGGACCUGGAGCUCCAAGACCCUGCAGACGUGGCAGGGCCUGUGCAGCGGGAGGCUGGGGGUAAGGACCCACCGCAAACCCUGCAGCGCCGACGGCUGUGGCAGGACGCCCUGUCACUACAAGGCCCCCGCCGUCGUGCUCCACAUGACCAAAACUGACCCCUACCUGGACUCCCCCACGCACCUCUGAGACUGCACCCCAACAUGACCAAAACUGACCCCUACCUGGACUCCCCCACGCACCUCUGAGACUGCACCCCAACAUGACCAAAACUGACCCCUACCUGGACUCCCCCACGCACCUCUGAGA